AUGACGCCGUCGGGUCAGGCCAACGUCAUCUACCUGGCGGUGAACGAGAGCAGCCCGGGCAGCUUGUUACUGCAGCUGUGUGAGCUGCUGGCCACCACGCCACUGCAGGGUUUGGUGUUCGAGGAGGAGAGGCCCCCCCCGCCCAACCGGGCUCCGCUGGCGCCCAUGCUGGAGUUCGUCUCCGCCCAGACGGGGGUCCCCGUGGUCGCCGUAGGGGGAGGAGCCAGCUUGGGACGAGAGCCGCAGGAAACCGGCUCCAUCUACCUCCAGUUCACCUGCUCCACGGCGCUGCAGCUGGAGGUCAUCUUCGAGGUGCUGGAGGAGUACGACUGGACCGCCUUCUCCGUGGUGACCACCCGUCACCAUGGCUACGAGGACUUCCUGGCCAUGGUGGAGGGCAUGACGGACGGCUCGUUCAUCGGCUGGGAGAAGAACAGCGUGGUGAUCCUGAACGUGACGGACGACCCCGGGGGGGCGCGGACCAAGCGGCUGCUCAAAGACCACGAAGCCCAGGUGCGUCUGCUGUACUGUUCCCUGGAGGAGGCGGCGCUGAUCUUCCGUGCAGCCUUGGCGGCGGGUCAGGCCGGGCCCAGUCACAUGUGGUUCGCCGUUGGCCCCGCCCUCUCCGGCCUGGGCCUGGAGGGUUUGCCCAAGGCCUUGUUCGCCAUCCGGCCGCAGGGAUGGAGGGACGAGCCACGCAGGCGGAUUGCUAAAGGCGUCUCGGUGCUCACCCACGGCGCCAUGGCGCUGCGCAGGGACCUGGGGACCAACAGCCGGCUGCAGUACGCCGGCAACUGCCAGAGCGACGGGAACCAGACGCACCGCGUGCACGACCGGAUCAGGUACUUCACCAACAUCUCCAUCGGUGGGCGGGACUACUCCUUCAACAGCGACGGCUACCUGUCCAACCCGCUGCUGGACGUCAUCUCCUACACCAAUGGGCGGGGCUGGGAGGAGGUCGGCUGGUGGGAGAACGGACACCUGCGGCUGCGGUACCACCCCUGGUCCCGGUACGGCUCCUUCCUGAAGCCGCUGGACGACGCCCAGCACCUGCGAGUGGUCACGCUGGAGGAGAGGCCCUUCGUCAUCGUGGAGCCGGCCGACCCGGGAACCAGCUCCUGCAUCCGGGACUCGGUGCCCUGCCGCAUGCCCGUCAACUCCAGCCUGGUGGUGGACAGCGCCGGGCCCAUGAAGCACUGCUGCAAAGGAUUCUGCAUCGACGUGCUGAAGCGCCUGGCCAAGAUCGUGGGCUUCAGCUACGACUUGUACCUGGUGACCAACGGGCGCCACGGGAAGAACAUCGACGGCGAGUGGAACGGCAUGGUCGGAGAGGUGGUGUCCAACCGGGCCGACAUGGCCAUCGGCUCGCUCACCAUCAACGAGGAGAGGUCGGAGGUCGUGGAGUUCUCCGUUCCCUUUGUGGAGACCGGCAUCAGCGUCAUGGUUUCCCGUAGCAACGGCACCGUGUCGCCGUCGGCUUUCCUCGAGCCCUACAGCCCGGCGGUGUGGGUGAUGAUGUUUGUGAUGUGCCUGUCGGUGGUCGCUGUCACCGUCUUCAUCUUCGAGUUCUUCAGCCCGGUGGGAUACAACCGCAGCCUGCAGAGCGCCAAGAAGUCGGGAGGAUCCAAGUUCACCAUCGGGAAGUCGGUGUGGCUGCUGUGGGCGCUGGUCUUCAACAACUCUGUUCCUGUGGAGAAUCCCAGAGGAACCACCAGCAAGAUCAUGGUGCUGGUCUGGGCUUUCUUCGCUGUCAUCUUCCUGGCGUCCUACACGGCCAACCUGGCUGCCUUCAUGAUCCAGGAGGAGUACAUCGACACGGUGUCAGGGCUGUCAGACAAGAAGUUCCAGCAGCCGAACGAGCAGUACCCCCCCCUGCGCUUCGGCACGGUGCCGAACGGCAGCACGGAGGAGAACAUCCGCUCCAACUACCCCAACAUGCACCAGUACAUGAUCCGCAACAACCAGAAGGGAGUGGAGGAGGCCAUCGAGAACCUCAAGACCGGGAAACUGGAUGCCUUCAUUUAUGACGCCGCAGUGCUGAACUAUAUGGCGAGGAAGGACGAGGGCUGCAAGGUGAUGACAAUCGGCUCUGGCAAGGUGUUCGCCACCACCGGCUACGGCAUCGCACUGAACAAGAACUCCCGCUGGAAACGCCCACUGGACCUGGCCCUGCUGCAGCUGGUGGGAGACGAUGAGAUUGAUAUGUUGGAGCGUCUCUGGCUGUCGGGGAUCUGCCACAACGAUAAGAUCGAGGUGAUGAGCAGUAAACUGGACAUCGACAACAUGGCCGGGGUCUUCUACAUGCUGCUCGUGGCCAUGGGCCUCAGCCUGCUGGUGUUCGCCUGGGAGCAUCUGGUGUACUGGAAACUCCGGCACUGUGUGAAGCGAUCGGGGGGGAUGGACUUCCUCCUGGCUCUCAGCAGGGGAAUGUACAGUUGCUGCCAGUUUGAGGAUGAGACCACACCAGGAGGCAGCUCUUUGCCCCAGUACCACACUGUGACCACCAUGCCUGCUGGGGCCCAGCAGCAUCUCGUGACAGCCACGGUAAACAACACCGCGGCCAUUGCCAUGGUGCAGCAUCAUCAGCAGCAGCAGAAGCUCCACCAGCAGCAACAAGGGCAGACCUAUACCUCCAUGCUCCCCGGGUCUCCUCCCACCACAGGGCACUCAGCGAUGGCCCUGGGCCCCUCCAACAGCCCCUUACUGGAAGGCCCCAUGCCGUGCUCCAGCUUCCUACCUCGCCAUGACCGUCGACUCGCUGUCGUGGAUCGCUGGAACAGGCCCAAGCCGGAGAAAGUGAUGAGCGCGGUCAGCGGGGGGGGCGUGGGCAUCGGGGGGAUAGCCGGUGGCAUCACUGAACUCCAGGCCCAGCAGCAGUACCAGCAGAACCUUGGCCAGCACUGGAGCUUGCAGGGGGGGGUCGCAGGUGGAGCAGCAGGUGACACAGGGCUAGAUGAAUACAAGCGCUACUAUGGUCCCAUAGAUCCAGAGGGGCUCGGGACCCACUCCGACCAGCAGGCAGGGGGCGCCCAACAGACUCCCAAAGCUAAUCCACGAGGCCUCAAAGCCUCAGGGAUGUCCCGGCCGCCUCCUAAAGGACCCCCACUAGGCCCGCCCCCACUAGGCCCAGCCCACUUAAUCUCCCAGCCUCCUCCCCUGCUCCCAUCUUCUCCUCGAAGGCCUCCCUUCUGGAGAAGAGGAAGCUUAGUUCAGACAAGAAGAAAAAGCUCAGGAGGUCCCUUGUAUGAGAACAUCCUCCCGCUCGGGAGGCGAGGGGGGGGCCGGUACGGAGCGGGUGAUGGAGCUGGUAGAAGAGGCCGGCGUCCUCUAGCUCCUCCUCCACUACCCGUCCCCCUUUCCUCCCCAACACACACCCCUACCAGCCCCUCCUCCCCAUGCCGUUUAUACUCCUCCUGCUCCAGUGCCUCGUCAUCCUCCACUUCCUCCACGUCAUCCUCAUCAUCUUCUUCAUCCUCUGCUUCUCUCUCCCGGUCCAACUCUCCCUCCGUUUGCUCCAGCGACAGCUCCUACAACUCCUCGCUGAGUUUCCGGUAUCGCGCCGGCGAUCGAGAGCUGACGGUGGACGACGACUACGACUCCGACCUUCUGACGGAGGAGUCCAGCCUUCUCCUGGGCUCACGGAGGAAGAUCCGUUCACGGCGCAUGUCAUCACGCUCUUUGCCAUGCAGCCCGCCACCUCCACCAAUCCCUCCCCGGAAGCCACGCCCCCAGCGAGAUCACGGCAGAGAGAGAACCGGCAGCCAGCUCGCCCAGUUACAGGAGUGGUGGGCGUCAUGGGGCGACAGGGAGCGAGGGAGACAAGGAGCGACAACUGUCCGGGGAGAUGGAGGGGUGGGAAAGGAAGAGAAGAGGCAACACAAAGAGAGGGAGCGUGAAAGGAAGAGGAGGAAGAAGGGCCGAAAGAAGAAGAAGAGGGAAGAUAGGGAAAGGGAAAGGGAGCGGAAGCGGCGUAAAGCAAAGAAGAAGAAGAAGAAGGAUGAUAAAGUAAGGAAGAGAGAGAGAAAGAGGUCUGAGCAGGAGGGAGGAGAUCCCGAAAAAAGGGAGGAACUUAAAUCAGGGACACUAGAAUACCCAUCGUACCCAGCUCUGAGAAGGGAGUCCUUUCGGAAAAAGAGUGAAAGCUCCAUCAGAAGCUACGGAUGGAAUAUCCCCGGGGACGAAGAGAGAAGGGAAGAGAAAGAGAGGGAUGAAGCAGAGGACAGCCGAGGAAAAGAAAAGGUCCUACGGAGAAGGAACAGCAAGCACUACCAAGGCGCCACCACUAAGCCUUCGACAUCUGUAAAGUUCUGGGGAGCGGGAAACCCGACCUCCGACACUAUCCCAUCUGCCUUCCUGCCUUUGGUGCCUGUCUCCUCUAAAAGGAGGAAGAGUAAAAGCUCUGACAGGGAAGGUGUCGGAGUGGAGGUGGAGAGAAGGCCUCUGUUGGCAAGGGACGGGAGGAGCGAGAUGCAUUCCAAAGAGGGGUUGUCCUUUCACGAGUGGGAGUCCGAUGGAGAGGAUGAGGAGGAGGAUUCUGAGCAGGAGAGGAGGAAGGCCGGGGGGCGAGGGAAGCGGCGCCGAGCGGGAAGGACGAUGUCCGACGAGGAGCGGGAACGAGACAAGGUCGUCGGGAUAUAUUCUGAUGACGAUGCUUCUUCUGGGGAGUUUGGGAAGUUCGAGCGGUACUGGGAGGACCAUGAAGGAAGGGCGGUGGGAGGGAUCGGAGGGGGAGGUUGGUUUUUCAGCACCUACCCUUCCAGGGAGAAGGUCGGCAGCAUCAACAGCAGAGAUGACCUGUUCCUGGAGAGGGGCGAGAGGUGGGGGACAGCAGAGAUCGGGUGGGGGUCCGGUGGAGGAGGAGGAGCAGGAGCAGGAGGAGGAGGAGGUGGUGAAAGAAGUUGGGGAUCAGGGUCACACUGGCCGCCUCCUCCUCUUACCCCACCACCUCCUCGGCGAUACUGGUCGGUGGAUAAACUCCACAUCCAGGACGAGAAGAAGAGUAAACGCAAGUCGAAGGACAAAGGCCGAGGGCGGGCGGCCUACUCCUCCCGCCACUCGCCGCGACAUCACCCGCACCCCCACUCAGCCAAAUGGGCCCGGGUCACCUCAAGAAGCCAGGAAGAGUUGUACCGCCAUUGCCAGAGUUUCCCCCUGAAGCCCAAGCAUGACUCCUCCUCCUCCUCCAAGCCCGACCGCUCACAGAAUCCAUCCAAGUCCGGGAGUCAGUCCAACCUCAUCCUCCAGCAGCGGACUCAGAGAGCCGAUAGGGAUCGAGGAAGGCCACAGUCCCCGCCCCCAACCCUCUUACCUAACUUGCCACCCCCACUCCCUGCCCUCCCGGCUCCUCCCUCCUCAUCUCACCCGAUCCAUGCUCCUCCCCCUACCUCGUCCUCUUCUGUAUCCUCCCCCUCCGUGGUCUCCUCCACCCCGGGGGCCCUCCAGUCCUCCUCCAUGGCUUCGGCAAGUGCCAAACUGCAGUACCAGAGGUUGCGCUCGGUACCCCAGCCCCAGAGGUUUCCUCAGUCUCCUCACUUACCACUUAAAGCCAAGAGCCUUUGCUCCCGAAGGGGCUCGGCCCACUUCUCCAGCGUGGAGAGUGAGGUCUGA